AAGAACUCCAGACAGCUGACUUUCCAGUAGUUCCCGAAUCUUCCAGGAUGGAAGAUAAGAUGCAGGCGGUAGGGUAGAGUAUAUUGUCUGUUCCUAAAGCAUUCUCGAGGAGGAAGGAGCGAUCAAUGAAAAUUUCAGGAUGGAUAUCCUUCGCAAGUGCAACCGGGCCAAAUGCCAGAACUGUUUGACGAAUUGGUGUAAACCUCAGCACUGCUUGUCCUGUGAUCCAUUAGUUGUCAUGAACGUAUUAAGUCUGUUCUGCUACGUAACUGUUAUAUACUUCAGUCUGAGAGAUGGCUUCAAAGAUACGGUUAUGGGAGGUCAUUUGGCCGCAUGUGGAACUGUGGUGGUGUUGCUUGUUAAUUUCGCCUACAUAUUCUGCUCUGUGAAAAUACUGUUUUGUAUCAAGAGCCGCACCUUCCCCACCUGGCAGGAGGUCAGGGAGCUUCGCGACACUGUCAUCUAUCUGACCUUCAGCUUCAUCGUUGGAACUGUUCUCAUAUUCGUAGUAUUCUGCUGGUUCAUAGAAUUCGGACGCUUAGAUAAAAUUGCUGUUCCCCCACGCCAAACAACGGAUGACUCGCAGAGAAUUACUCCCAGAGGGCUAUUGGGAAAUGACAAACUGUUCGUUGAAAAGAGUUCGUCUACAUACAUGAACGUAACGGCUGAAAGCGGCAAGGAUUCAUUGUCCACAAGUAACAUUAACGGAGAUUUAUCAAUAAGCAUACAGGCAGACUACAAUUUAUCGGAUUCAAACUCGCUGAAGAAUGCAGGAGACGGCACCGAAGACUUAAAGAACAAAAGUAAAUCGUACGCGAAGGAUAAUCCUCCUUUCGCCAGUUUGACGUUCUCCGGUAUAUCGUUUUGCGUAGCUGGAAUUGUGAUUGUCCUGACCAUAAUGGUUGAAAAAAAAAGUGCUCUUGAAUUAGAGGCGAGAUGGAAGAAGUCAAGCGCUUCAAAGUUCUUGUCAAAAGGAACUGAAAGAUCGUCGUCCUGUCCCGCAACCAGCUGUCAAAUGCGACCUUUCCACGAUGAAUCUAACAUGGGUUCAACUUCAUCUCAGAGGGCAUGUUCUCAAGAGCUCGAUGAUGGUCAGAAGUUAGGUGAACAAACUUCUGACCCAGUGAUUCUGUACCCUAGUCAUCGUCCUGGAAUGGGACAAUAUUGGUGCUCAGUCUGCAAUUCGACACUGGUCCCUUCACCAAAAUCGCCGAAAUACCAAAACUCGCCAGCGUCCAAACCAGGAAAAAAGAAAAGCCCAUCCCAAAGUCCAGAGGAAAAUCAGGAACCUGCCCAUCCAGAAUCAAAGGCAAAUGCCUGCAGGAAAAGCCUUUCCUUUGAUGUCGCCGUUCCCGCCGAGGACCUACCACAUCCAGUCAAUCAAAAAGCUGAACUGGGGUCGAAACCUGGUGCUACAGACAUCGAGGUGCUAGAAGUUGCACCAUCACAGGAUACUUCAGCUUGGGAAUCUGAUGGGAAUUUAGAAAGUGAAUUGCUCCUUUCAACUGACCCUGUACUUGAAGGGGACUGUAUUGAAAUAACUAAAAUGUAAAUUUGCUGUUUUUAGACAUAUUCAAUAUUGCAAGCAAAAUCCCGCUCUUGGGAAAGAAAUGUUUUAGAUUAAUUGAUGGAAUAUCGUUAUUCAGAUGUUUUUAAACUUUUUUAGCAUGUGGAAAUGUAUGGAAUGUUAACACUAUUUGGCCAAAUAGAUCCCUAAGUUUGAUAGUGGCCCUGUAUUUAUAUUUUUGAAACUUUUGGAUUAUAACUUGUAAGAUGUUAAGAACAGUUGCUGAUAAACUGUUUCAACAGAGCAAAACGUUAAAUCUUCAUUCUUUUAGAUUCUUUGUACGAUAGGUUUUAAACAUGUACUCGUUAGGCUCGUUAAUUCUGUAAAAAUAAUGAAAAUCCCGGAAAUUUAAAAAAAAAAUUUCA